CAUGUGGGUGAAACUAGAAACUUGGGCAGAAAAAACCGGAUGCUCUCGCAGGCUAAUUUCAUUGAUACGUGUCAGUGUCGAGAUCGCCGAGGUUCUGCAGCGUUGGAAUUUUGUGCCCUCGUCUUUUGAAACUGUACCGUUCUUCUAGGAUCUAGAGGCAAUAGCGCUGAAAGGUAAGAGGUUUUUCUUUUCUUCUUUUCCUCUUCGAAGCAAUUGCGAUAAAAAUUAAAAGUACGUUAAGUGAUUUUCAGAAUAAUUACUCAAUUCAGUAUCUGUAAACCAAAUACCAAACACUAUCCGUUUGGCAAUUCACGGUAUACAAUAUUUAACUCUCCCAUCUAAUUUCCUUGCAAAAGUAGUCCAGCUUUAUUUGCGCACGAGUUUCAGAGAAAUACACUUUUGAUUCCGUAGAAUUGCGGUUAAAAGUUUUCCUUCGGAGACGAGGGGGGGGGGGGGCGGUACUCCCUACAACGACCUAUAUGGGAAGGCUCCGCCCGAAAAGGGGUAGCUUUUUCAGCCUUCAGGUGAAGUAAAGGUUAGAAAUUUCCGUCGAUAAAAAGGCCCAGAAGGGGCUAACGGAUUUAUUUUAUGGCUGUGAAAAAAUCGAACGAGAAACAAAGAGCAAGAAAUAUCAAGGAGCCCCAUGGACAUAACUUUGAGGCUGUAGCGCACUUGAAACAGUUUUCUAUUCAGUUAUUAGCUUAACGACAGACUCGGCAACUUAGAGAGGCUCUCAUUCGUUUUCAAAACCAGUAAACUAAAGGCAUUAUUUGCUCUGAAUAUGGACGAGACAAAAGAUCACAUUUUAAGCAAGAAAUUCUGUUUUUUUUUUUGACGGGAAAGUUAAAGGAUGCAACGACUUUUUAUCCCUUACCACAAGUGUAUACCACCCCAUUAUAUGAAAGCUAGUAGCACUCGUAACAAUGGAAUGUGAAACAGAGGACACUUGCAACGUUGAACUCUUUUGGAGCUGUUUUAACGAAGUUUUAAGGAAGAAAAAGAAAGAUGAUAGCAUUGUUUUAACCCAAGAGGUUGGAUAACAGGCAUGGCUGGAUCAAGCAUUGAGGGAUUAAAAAGAGCCAAUGGUGGUCCUCACGCGUUGCAUAAAUUAAAAACAGACGAGUUUCACUUCAAAGAGUGCGAGAAAUAGGCACGCAAGAAAAUUAAAUGAACAUGAUAGACGUUAGUGGCAGCUUUCAAAGAUAAUGGAUUUCCAAUUUGUAAUUCUCGUUUGACCUAAGUAAUUAGUCUACAAAAAAGAUAGGAAUGAACGAGGAUAAGAAUAACGUUUAUUUUUUAACCAGCGACCCGUGACCCGCGACGAUUAGACACUCUGUUUUUUUUGUUUUUUUGCAUAUCAAGCAACGUUCCCGCAAAAAACGGCUGCGAGGGAGACUACGGCGCAUCAGAAGAUGUUUUUUUCUGGAAAACUACAUUUCAUAAGCUUUCCAUAGUGACCAAAAUCAAAACUUUUGGACGAUUUUUGACCGAGUUACAAAUUUUAGAGUAACGUAGAUUUUUUGCACGCAAUUAGACUUGUAGUAAUCUGAUCAUGAAAUUGAAUAACACAGAUGAAAAGAACUUCAAGAGUUUAUGAAUAUAGCUUUAUGCGUCUAAAUUCUUUAAGGAACUGAUCGUUUAUUACAUCCCAGUGGGGAGGGGGGGGGAUGGGGGAGGUUUCGGAGAGGGGUACGAUUUUCUAAGAGGCUUAAUUUUGGGAGGUCAAUUUUGAAAAUACACAGAGGCGGGUCGAAAUAUUAAGACACAGGACUGGUCUAUGUAAAAGUGGUCAAACUAUAUUAUGAUUAAAAAAGGACAAAAAAAAUACACUUUGGCGGUUCUUUGUCAGCAACAAAAAAUUACCCUCAUAAAGCUCGGCCUAUUCUCUAUUUUCCAAUUGCCCAUAAUACACUCUGUUUGCCCCCCAAAUUCUGCAUAAACCAUUAUUUUUAAAUGCUCCUGGGAGUAUUGCAUUUUCCCAAGAGCAUUUUAAGACAAUAAGUUAUGCAAAAUUUGGGGGGCAAACGAGAGUGUAUUAUGGGCAAUUGGAAAAUAGUCAAUGAACCUUAACGUCUCUAGCAUAAAACAUUAUUUGCAUCUUCUCUUUUAAGACACAAGAUGUUAUCGUUUAAAGAGAGAGCAAAUUGGACACCAGCCGAAGCCAGGGCUCAGUUUCGGCAGAACUUCUUUCCUUUCGUGCAGUCUGGAGGAAUUGCAGCUCCUUACACUCAAGUCAGCGUACAUUUUGUGCCAUCGGCUGAAGCAAAACUCUUUGCUGAAUUUUGCCGAGUAAACCAUGGUCCGUGUCCUGUCGUUUAUCAGAGUGAACCUGGACAAGUUACAGCCCCACCUAUAGCUGCUGAUUUAGAUAUAAGGCAAGUUAUUUAAGCAAUAGACCACACUUUCUAUGGGUUUACCGGCGUGAUAACCCACGCGGGAUGUUGGGAGAACACGAGAAAAGCUUGUAAAUCACGAGCCGAAGGCGAGUGAUUUACAAGCUUUUCGAGUGUUCUCCCAACAUCCCAAGCGGCUUAUCACGCCGUUAAACUCAUAGAAAGUGUGGUCUAUUGCUUUUAUAAAAUAACUUUUAGUAGAAUGGAGUCUUUUAGGUAAAAAAUAUGGUUUUAGUACCGUGAUCAAGUCAUGUCUUCUCUCUAAAGUCAUCAUAAGCCAAUCAUGACUCACGAUUUAAUAGCGCCGAACUUUCUCAAAACUCAGUUCAGUCAAACAACAAACAGCAGCACUUCAAAACAGGAGUUUUUGCACUCAUUAUAUGAUAACUUAUGAAAGCUGUUUUACAGGAAAAGUCAACAUUUAUUCAAGCGAACGUACAAUGAAAAAANUUGUCGCAUGUAACUUUUAUAUGCACGUACAGCGACCGAUGGAAAUAUGUCAGUGGUGGAGAAAGGUUUCUUUGCCGUAGUCACAUAUUGGCGUUAAUAUUUGUCGAUUUGUAAAGUCAGGUGGUUUGAGGUAGGUUAUGGCAUCCAUAUCACCGAAUAAUUUGUGCAAAUGUUGGAAAAAACCAGCCCGAAACUCUGACAUCUUUCAUCAUCGUUGGCAGCUUGUUUACAACCUACAGUGGCCGAUUUUGUACCAUAUCUUGAUCAGAGAUCUCUUUUUGGAACAAUUUCUUUCAUUAAGGAAUUUAAUUUUGACAUAGAAUAGAUCAAGAAUGCUAAAACUAUCCGUUUUGUUGCUGGUUAGCACAUGGUCAAGUUUUCCUGGAGACUUUCUACACCAGAAAUUCACACAGUUGUUGUCUUUCUCAGCGAUUUGGCAUCGUCAUGAAAUGUAAACUGCUUUCCAGCUUUGUACUUUAUUACUUCUAAAGCUAUGGCAGUAAUAAAAUGUGAAACCAACGCUUUUGAUAUUAAGAAGGGCUGGGUAAGUAACUUGUUCUUUUUUUUAGCCUUUCUAAAAUCAUUGUUUGCAGAUCAAUAGCCGGUUUUGUUUAUGGCUUGUGGUCCGGAUGCCUUUUUCUAUGGGUUUACCGGUAUAAUAAACCAUAGGUUUUUGACCAAUCAGAUCUCGCGUACUAUCUCAGUUAUUUUAUAAUGUAUAUUAUAUAUACAAUUAUAUACUUUUUCAGCACACAGAACCAGGUUUUGUCUCAUCUCUUGUCGUCUAACCCUUACUUGGGUACAUCAGUAGAGAACUUACUCAUUAGGGAGUUUAAGAUACGGCGACUACGGACCACGGCUACGGAUAAACAUGCUACUGCGCAUGAUCAAAACAACGUGACUGUUCAUUUUUCCCGCGUAGCCCUGUGGCUACGGUGAGUUGUUGAGCUGUUUCGCGUAGCCGGGACUACGGAGAACAUUUUGCUCGUAUUUUGAAGUCUCGGUUAUUCAAGAAUCUCGUCUUUUCGUAAACAAGACGUCUAAAGUCGUUUCCGUGGGAUGCGUUGGUCGAUGGAAGCAUAAUGGCGUUCUAUCUGAAUUUGGAAAAAUUAGGGAAACCGGAAAGAUGUGUCAUGUUAUGAGCAUCGAUGAGUAGGUUACCUGUAUGGGUUGGUUUAAUGUGCUUAUGACUGAAUUUAUAGUAGCCUGCGUGACAGGCUACCAUUUCUCCCUGAUCCACAUCCCCUUUUGGCUUCCCCCCUAUCCCCUACCCCUUUCGACACCUGCUACGCAAGCUAAAUUUAUAGUUGUCACUGGUCGCAAGGAUGGAGUUGAUCUUGUUUUGAUCUAUCGCUAUGUAGUUAUUUUCAUAGCACGAUUUGGAUAAGAAAAAGAAGUUAUUUUGCAUCAAAACAAGGUUUACCCGUGUAACUUAAAUUGGAAUGUUAACGGAAACAAGUAAUGGAGAACAUGCGCAUAAUGCUCUCUGAUUAACCUGAACAGGAACUAUACGUAUAAAGAUACGUCAUAUCUUGGUAGUAAGUAGCCACAGGUAACUUUUUCAAAGAGAAAUGAACAAAAAAUGGAACAAAACAAAACAUCCGCUUGCUUUAUUCAGCGUCGAACCCAGGGUUACAAAGUUCGAUAAAGUUCUAAUGUUUUAAUCCAAGAUGAAAGUUUAAUAUUCCAGGAUGCUCUAGAUACGGUUAAAAAUUAAUUGCAAUGUGUUUCCAAGGUCUCAAAGUUAACAUAGUUCCAAUGAUUUUCCCUGAUUCCAAGGUAUAAUAAGUUUAAUAAGGUCCUGAUCCGUGUCCCAUCCAGAAGUCCAAUCCAUGCCGAAAGCGAGUCCUCGAUCGACGAGGGCAAUAUUUUCGCGAUUUUACCGCCAAUCGUCAAGGGUACGAGUUGAAAUUUACGCGAUUUAACCUCCCAUCGUCAAGGUGUUUUCGAUAAGAAAAGAAAAUAACUGAACUCUAGCUGUGCUCGGCAACAACUGGCGAACUCCGAAUAGAAAAAUCUAUCGGAAAUCACGACCCGCAACCAGACGCUACUAAAACCUUAUGAAAAAGCUAGACCUAAACAAAAAAGAAUCGUGAAGGAAAGAAAUGAUUUGGCUUAGGUCGCCUUUCGUGACUUGCCAGUAUCCCGAAGGAUUUCGGUGGUUAACAAGCCAUCCUAAACCACGAGUGGGAAAACUCAAGCGCGACAAAUUUGGCAAGGAGCGUUCUGAUUUCAACGUUCUUCAGAGGAAGCAAAUCGAUUAAAAAUCGAUACAGAGUUUGUACAAUCUGAUUGGUCGGCUUGGAAGAAGAGAUAGUCGAUAAAGAUUUUAGGCAAUCCUAUUGGCUGGCUUUGCAAUUUUGGGUACAACCGAACCGGAUUUUUACCGGCAUCCCACGGAAAAGUUUUCAAUUCACCCGCUUUAAGUGAGUGAGAGGGAAAUAUGUAAGUUGUGUCUAAUUUCUGCUCAGAUUUACGCUUUUAAUCCACUGUUGUGACUACAUUUUUAUCUAGCUAGGCUCAUAUUUAAAUAAGCUUCAGAUUGACGGCCGAGGAGAAGAGAAAUCAUGCAGGUAAUUUACUUUCUCUCCGCUCUUGAAAAGUUUCAAUAUUUGUUCGAACUGAUUAGUGUGUCUUUCUACUUGUGUAAAAGAGGGAUUACUGAUUAAAAGAAACUGUUGUAUGACACUACGUUAAUCACUUCACAGGACAGACCAGUCAGCGUAUGGAAUAUACCAGAGCGGAGUCUGCGUUAAAAACGUUCCAGACAUCCUCGACAUUCCGUUUGAUGACUUCGUGACUUUCUACCUCGGGUGCAGCCACUCUUUCGAGCAUGCUCUAUCGAGUGCUGAUCUUCCUGUUCGUCAUCAACAGGUGGACCGAAGAGUGCCGAGUUACAAGACCAAGAUCCCUUGCCUCCCAGUAGGCCCUUUCUGGGGAAACCAAGUAUGUUCGAUGCGCCCUAUGCCUCGUGACUUGGUCCAGAGGGCCUUUGAGGUGACUGCUGUUUUGGACCUUGUGCACGGAGCCCCUAUACAUAUUGGGCACCCUUGCUGGAUUGGAGUAAAGGAUUUGAAUCACCCUGAAUACGAUGAUAAACCAAAUAUACUGGAAGGGGAUGUAUGUCUGUUCUGGGGUUGUGGAACAACUGCUCAGGAAGCUUUAGCUAACGCAAGUAAGUAACAGUUAUAGCAUACCAGCUAGUGUGGCCAACUCCGCCUUCCAAGCAUGGAAUAGAGAGUGAAGAUUGCAGCUUGUGUGUCGUGUAGCUGUAGCGUCGAGCUACGAUUUAACCUCACGCUUAUGUGAGCCUUAGUCACUGGAAGCUGGUUUAUCUUUAAUUUACAUCUUUUUUAUUUCAGGUUGUACAAAAAAUUUGUUAUAAGGUACAAUUGCCAGUAGAGCCAAAACAAUUCAAAUUUCUGGAACCGUUUCCCGCCUUACUUGCAAUCCUCAAGAAAAAAAGACAGUCAUAGCGUAAAAAACAACAACAAAAUCAUAAUUACGUAAUAAUGGUUCAUUUGUUUAUUACUUAUCAUACACUUUUUUACUAAAAUUGCUGUAAUUGUAUUUUUUUUCACUCUCUUGUUUGUUACCAGUUAAUCGUGUUAGUUAGAGUGGUUUUAAUUUUUAUUCAGUUCUACCUAAAUCGACGUGCUGAGUUCGUGAAAAAUAGUGGCCGUUUUCAACCCCGAUACUAACUAGUUUUCAGACAGGCUCUUAAAUAGUCAGAGACUCUGUCAACUUUACUUAAAUUAGAGCACCAACUACAAGAUUUCUUAAAAUCCAUUCUAAUUCACAUAUUACUUUUUCUUUCAUGUUCAUUCUGAAUUGAAACGACAAAAUACGUUAACUUCAUACAUUCCGGUAGUUUCUUCGAAAUCCAUACUCGAUUGAGAACAGCCGCCGGGUUAGCUCAGUUGGGAGAGCGCCGGUCUGCUGAGCGGGAGGUCGCGGGUUCAAACCCCGGCCGGACCAACACUCAGGGUCUUUAAAUAACUGAGGAGAAAGUGCUGCCUUUGUAAUAAUAUCUGCAAACGGCUAGACUUUCUACUCUUCUCGGAUAAGGACGAUAAACCGUAGGCCCCGUCUCACAAGCCCUUGCACAUGUAUUAAAUCUGUGGGACGUUAAAGAACCCACACACUCUUCGUAAAGAGUAGGGCACGUAGUGCCCGGUGUAGUGGUCUAUCUCACUUUCACACUCAUGUAUGGGGGCAUCAUUACUUAUUCCUUCAUUACUUGUAAACUGCACCUUAAGCAGUCUGGCAAAGUCCCCCAACCAGUGUUGUAAAUUAUCCCUGAAAAGCCCUGAGGGGAGUGGAUAAUAAGAUAUUUACAAUUACAAUUACAAUUUACAACAAAAUGGGCAAAGUCUACAGACGUUUUCAGAUCGAAACAGCGCAAAAACCAUACCCUUUAAGGCGGCACAUACCCACAUGUACAAUAUGAUGGAGAAUCCCCUCCCCCUUGCAGGGGAGAAGCAGUUUCAAUUGACUGUAACAACGCCCGAUUCAGGUUUGAUUGUGUUCAUAACUGGGGAUAAGCCUGUUCCGCUUUCCACUAUCUGAACGCUUGGAACAGGCUAACUGGGGAUUUCCGGAAAGGAUGGCUACCGUUGAAUCUUGUGGCACGUUUUUGGGUCAAAUGACUAAUAUCAGUAUUUUUUAAAAUUUUCAGAACUUCCCUUAAACGUAAGUAUGAGCCAGUCUGGAAACUGUUGUAACUUUAUAACAGAUCUCGUAAAUGAAGAUUUUAACAAGAUGCAUGUCCCAAAGGAAGGUACUCUUCAACCGCGAGUGGUUUUCAUAUCCGAAGGAUUCGUUUUUGGCUCUGUCCUUUCCGACAAGGCAAUGAAAAUGAUUCAAAAUCUGGCUAAACUUGAGAAACGCGAUCAGCUCAAAGACGACAGUCUGGCUCAAGCAGCUUUGAGACUCAGUCACGCCACCUCUGUUGCCAUAGUAACAUCAGGCAGUGUUUCCACCCGGGAAGGCUUCAGUGUGCUGUCAAUCAUCAAGGCCGCUAUGGCAACUGAAACUAGAGAGGUAGUUCUUCUUGUGCCAGAGGAGAAGUGCCCAGAGUGGUUAAAUGCUGUCAGACGUUUGUUUGAUUUAGGUUUGCUGAAGAAGCCAGUUCCCAUCACCAAAAUUGAAGCAGACGAUAUAAAGACUAAAACUGACGCCUUGAAGGUUUCUCUUCCCGUUUUGUCAAAGAUGGAGGGCUUCAAGCUAAAGGGUGUUAAUCCUCACAGAUAUACCGCUUUAGUGGGGUGCAAUAGUGAAGGUAUGUAACAUUCUUUUGAAGCAGCUACUUAAGGCUCUGAAAAUGGACCGUUGACCAUAGGUGGGACUAGCUCGAAACAUGAGCAUCGGCGCAUCGGUCGUGUAACCUUUAUAAAAUAUAAGGACUUUUAUGGUGAAAAAUAAUUGAUUUUGUAACGUAGGGAUUAGAAAGUACUUAAAUAAAAAUCGGCUAACCUUACUUUAGUGGUGUGUUUCUUUUUUCCUGUGUGCUUUUGUGGUCAUUUUAUGUGUUUUACUGGAACGGAUUAUAGAGAGAACAAACCGGUUCCAAUAAAACACAUAAAAUGGCAAUAAAUUGGCUCGAGGACCACUCAGGAAAGAAGAAACGCACAACUUGAACGUGAGGUCCGGUUAGAAGACUCGAAAUAGCCAGUUAAAAGGUAAACGCAGGUCUUAUUAACCAAACUUUCUUUAAGGCGUACAAGACCUUCCCAACAUUCUAACAGAAGCUGCCUUUGAUUCGAAAUUUCCUUUAAGAGAUCAAAGCUUUAGUCCACCCCGUUUUCAUGCGGUUCUCAGAUGACUUCAAUAUAUUCCGAUUUCGAGCAAUUUUCCUUUGGGGACUUUUAGUAGUUGCAAAGCGAAAACUGUCAAAAUACCAUCUGUAGCAAUACUUGUAUUGUAGGCUAGCUCGCCUUUUUCCUUCCACAAAAUGACUGGGCAAUUGAAUUUCAGCGGGUUCUAUUUGUUCAAGACACUUUUAUUUUUGGCGUUCGAAGGUAAACCUAAUAAGCCAUUUGCACGAUGACUUCAUUCUACCACUACAACCAGGAAUCUUCAGGUGUUUACUUUCUUGUGCAAAUUAGGGCCUUUGUUAUUUAAACCUCACUGGGAUUACCAAAUUCAAAUAUGAAAGGAAAAACGAUCAGGAUUCCGUUCGUAGUAGUAAAAUGAUGCCAUCGUGCAAGUGGUCUAUUAAGCAUUUUAGCGGCUUUUUAAACACUGUAUUGUUAACUGCUUGUAUAUUAAUCCUUCCAGGAGAAUUGUGGGUCGAGUGCGCAGCUGAGUUGAUGGCAGAAGAAACUAACGCAUGCCAGCUGGUGACAGAAACCGCUGAUUCUUCUUGGCCUGGAGUAGUGUUAGCAGCGGCCUUGUACACUCUCAAUUGUUGUCCAGUCCAUUCUCGCUAUUUACGUCGAGGUCUCGGAGAACACAAGCCCUCACAACUAGGCGAAUUCAUAAUGACUGCUCAAAAGGUACCGCGUGUCCCUUUACUUUCGCAAGCUAUGCGCCAAAUAAUCUAGUAAAACCUGGCAUUUAAAUUGAAUUGCUGACAUUUUCCUACCACAAGUUUUGUCAAAUAUUUUCACAAAACUGAAAGCCUGAAAGUGGAGAAUUCUAUCCGUUGAAGAAUGCAACAGUGUUGAUCUUUUUUCGUUCCUUGGAGUAGGCUAAGAUAGUGUCUGCAAAAGUGGAUGUGAAUUCUUGGGUUUAAAGUGGUCGGAUUUUUAACUUGAUAAAAACGGCAAACGUGGUAGUGCAUUUCUCGAAAAUAGCUUGAAAACAAAAUGCCCUCUUGCAUUUCAUGUGAAAUGCAGGGAAUCGCUUAGCAGUGAAUAAGAGAAACCCAAGGCUGGAUUUUACUUUAUUUUGAGCCACAAUGCGCCAAGAAAAAUGCCGAUGUAACCAAGUGUUUAUUUCCUAUUUUUACAGCUUGCAACACUGAUGACCGAGUUUGACGUCAGCUUCAAGAGAGAAAAGAUGGAGGAUCUUGUGAAGGGAACAAGAUUAGUCCUUGAAGAAGCUGAAGCGUUGGCAAAGCCAGCUUGUUAA